CUGCUUCAGUGGACCAGGAGGCCAAGGCUUGAAAGGAGGGAGAGGUGUGUGUCCACAGUCAUGGACUACCAACAGAAACUGGCUGAGAAACUCACCAUCCUCAAUGAGAGGGGCAACGGGGUGCUGAUACGCAUGAACUACAUCAAGAAGACAUGUGGAGACCCAAAGUUGCGACCCUCCAUCCUGACAGACAAAGCCAUGGAGCCGGCCGUCAAGUACAUCAACAAGAAAUUCCCCAAUGUCGACUACAGAGGAAACAGUCAACAUCUGACCAGCAUCCAGAAACAGAAAUCUCAUGUGAUGGCGGCCACAACAACAUAUUUUGAAUCCUUCUUGGAUGUCAUAGAGUUCAGGGAUCAUGUCUAUGAGUUACUGAACACCAUAGAUGCCUGCCAGUGCUUCUUCAAUAUUAGCAUCAACUUUGACUUCACCAAGAACUACUUGGACCUGAUCAUCACCUACACCUCGGUUAUCAUCAUGCUGUCUCGCAUUGAUGACAAGAAGGCGCUGGUGGGCAUGUACAACUGUUCCCAUGAGAUGACCAACGGCAGCAGUGACCCAUCCUACCCACGACUUGCCCAGAUGUUUAUAGAGUACGAGCAUCCCUGGAAGAAGCUCACUGAGGAGUUUGGCCCCCACACAAGGUCGGUGACGGCAGCACUGCUGUCGCUGAACAUGGUCUACCCACGCAGGAACCUGCCAGCGGAGCAGUGGCGCAGCGCCCAGCUCCUCAGCCUGCUCAGUGCUCCAGCUGCCAUGCUGGACCCCGCCUGUUGUGACACCAUGGCGUGUGAAUACCUGUCUAUGGAAGUGAUGGAGCGAUGGAUCAUUAUUGGCUUCCUGCUGUGCCACAGCAGUCUGAACACCCACGCGCCCUCUCAGGACCUGUGGAAGAUGGCCCUGCGGAGUGGCCUGUACCUCACCCUCACCAGAGACGAGCUUCUCAACAUACACAAGGUCACUGAGGACCUCUUUGACAGCUUCAAAGGAUAUGGCAAGCGGAUUGCGGACAUCAAAGAGUGCCGAGAGUAUGUCAUAGCCAACAGCGGAGCCAUUCACAGAGAGAGAAGGCAUUUUCUGAGAGGGGCGCUGAAGGAGUUGACAAAAGUUUUGGAGGAUGAGCCAGGACUACUGGGACCCAAGGCCCUGUUUGUCUUCAUGGCUCUGUCAUUCUCCCGUGACGAGGUUCUGUGGCUCACCAGACACUCUGAGAAUAUGCCCAAAAAUAAGAGCCCUGAAGACUUCGUUGACAACCAGAUGGCAGAGCUGCUGUUCUACAUGGAGAAACUAAGAGGUCUGAUGACAAAGUACAGCCACGUAUUGCAGCGCUAUCAUGUUCAGUACUUGGCACAGUUUGAUGCCCUCGUUCUUAACGACACCAUGCAGAACAUGUAUGUCUGUCCAGAGGAGGAGUCAGUCCUGAUGAGUUCAUUUGUCUCAACUCUGUCUGCACUCUCAAUCAAACAGGUGGAAAACAAAGAGGAAUUUGAUUUCAGGGCACUUAGACUGGACUGGUUGAGGUUACAGGCUUACACAAGUGUGAUCAAGGCCCCUCUUCCAAUAAAGGACUACACUGACAUGGCAAAAGUGAUGAACUUGAUCCAGUUUCACACCAGGAUGGUGGACAGCGUGGAAGAACUGCUGCAAGAGACCUCCGAGCUGUCCAUACUCUGUUUUUACCAUCGUGUGUUUGAGAAGAUGUUCUGCCAGAGCAGUGAGGAGCUGGCCAUGAAGCGUUACCUCAUGGCCUUUCCUGCCACCUGCGCCCACUUCAGCCACUGUGGGCACCCGCUCUGCCCAGAAGAGACCGAGGCAAUUGAGAAGAAGAGCCUGCGUGUGUGUGUGACCUUCCUUGAGCAGAUCGCCAAGCAGACCAGCAGUGUUGUCUUGGAGAUUUGUGCUGAGCAGUGCAACCUCAACGACCAGUUACUGCCCAAGAACAGCGCCGAGACCAUCAGUGCGGCUCGACACAGAAAGCUGAAGAAGCCGGUGCCAAAGAAAGGAGAAGUCCAGAAAGAGAAACCCGGGGCCGAGAGCCUGAGAAAAGACCGGAUCGUCACAACCAACUUGGACAAGAUGCAUCUGAUCCUGACUGAGCUGUGCACCUCCUACAGUCUCUGCAGUGAAUUUGUUGUCUUCGACCACAUCAUCGUUCCCACCGAAUUCCUUCUUUCUCACCUGGAGACACGCGUCAGCGAGACCAUCGUGAGAAUGGCCAAUUACAACCAGACCACCCAGGAGAUAGCACGCCCCUCAGACCUCCUGGCGAGUGUAAGGGCCUACACCACCAGCCUGCACACACUGUCAAGCUACAUCAACAUAGAUGUCACCCGGCUGGUGAAGAGCAUCCUGCUGCAGCAGACCCAGCCGCUAGACUCACAGGGAGCGCAGACCGUCACCACCCUCUACACCAACUGGUACCUGGAGAGUCUCCUGCGUCAGGCCAGCAACUCCCUCAUCGUCCACUGCCCCAUCAUGCACUGCUUUGUUAACCAGUCGACUGAGAAUGAACCGGGUUUCAGAGCAGAGGAGUACUCUGACAUAUCAGAGUUACAGGCCCUGGCUGAGCUAAUUGGUCCAUAUGGUCUGAAGUUCCUGACUGAGAACCUGAUGUGGCACAUCACCUCUCAAGUCAGUGAGCUGAAGAAACUGGUGAUUGAGAAUAUGGAUGUCCUUGUGCAGAUGAGAAACAACUUUGAUAAGCCCGAGGAGAUGGCCAAUCUUAAAAGGAGACUGUCAGGUGGAGAGAACGUGCUGAAGAGGAUGACCAUCAUCGGGGUCAUCCUGUCCUUCAGAGCAAUGGCUCAGAAGGGUGUGAAAGAUAUACUGCACAAGCACUGCCCUUACCUGAUGGGGCCCAUUGAGAGCCUGAGGGACUUCAUCCCCCAUGAAGCUGACAUCAAGGUGAGGCUGACUGUCUUUGAGUUGGCCUCUGCUGCUGGGCUGACAUGUGAUAUAGACCCGGCCCUGGUUUCAGCCAUUGCCAACAUGUACUCAGAUAACACAUCGGCCGAUGAGGAGUUCAAGCUUUCUUGUUUGCUGCUUGUCUACAUCGCAGUGUCUCUUCCUACCCUGGCCAUGGACCCCAACUCGUUCUAUAGCCGAGAGCAUGGAGGCCACAACAACAACAUCCACUGUUUAGCUAUAGCGAUAAACCAGCUGGCUGCUGCCAUGUUCACUGUUCAGAAGAAGAAACCAGAGCAGCAACUCAAAGAGUUCCUCCUGAUGGCCUCCUCCACUCUGCUUCAGCUGGGACAGAAUGUGGAAAGAGUGGAUAGCAAAAACCGAGACUCCAUCUGCCUGCUCCUGCACAUGAUUGUGGAGGAGUCUCCUUUCUUGAGCCAAGACAUGUUGGAGAGCUGCUUCCCAUAUGUUCUGCUCCGAAAUGCCUACAGAGAGGUCUUCAAGACCUUCAUUAUCACCAUGGGCUGAUGAUCAAGAUUUUUUUUUUUUUAAUAGUUGAUUUUUCUUUACUUUGUAUUUUUCUUUUUUCAACUAUUAUUUGUCUAAAGAGGGAUUCUGAUCUAUAGCAUCUAUAUUUUAUAUUUGCACCAACACCUUAUCCAGCUACACACCUUCACAGCUCACAGCUGCCCUGUACAGCUAUAGUCGCUGGCAUUUUGUUGGUGGUUGUUGGGGGAGCCUAACCUCUGUUAUCAUUAUUAUUAUAAUAAAUGAUGUUGAAAAAAAAAAUCACAUGACAGAUCUUCACUUAAAUUUUCCAAACUCUUGGCUCAUUAUGAUCUGUCAUUAUUGUCCUCUAGACCAGGGGUCUUCAACGUUUUUCAAGCCAAGGACCCCCAAACUGAUCAAGUGAUGGAGCAGGGACCCUCUCCAAUAUAUAUAGUAUAAAAUUGUGUUUUAUAUUAAACUGGGCCUAGUGACAUGUAUAAAUGUACCUUAUUAUUGUGCAUUCAGUACUAAGCUAUUCAAAUAAUACACAGGUUUAUUUAUUCACGUUUUUAUUUUAAACGUGCAAGGUAAAGUGACAGCAAAAGUUAAAGUGGAAACAACAAUAAGUGAUGGCCUAUUAGUGCCACUGCCAUGAAUAAACAUAUCUGUAACAUUGCAAUGUGUAUUUAAAGACUUUUAAAUUUGUGGGGAAAAAAUAGGGGACAUUUAAAAAAAAAAAAUAAAAAAAAAAAAAAAAUUAAAAAUUGUCUAAUCAACCAAAAAUUGCACAACCCCCCUGCAGUACCUCCGCAGACCCCCUAGGGGUCACGGACCCCAAAUUGAAGACCUCUGCUCUAGACUUUAAGCCACCGUAGUAUUACUAAUAACAGCUUGAGAAAUUCUUAUGCAACUCAGAUAUUUUACUGUAACAUCCCUUGUCUUUACUUGUAGCAGAGUUUGGUGAUUGAAUUAUGAAUAACAUCCACAACUGCCUCAACAAAAGCAGAAAAGCCGGUAUGUUUUAGAAAUUUGUAUGUAACCAUAUUUCCUCUGCCUUUUUUAAUUGAGUGCACUGUAUGGAAAGUUGGUGUAUAACAUCUAUUCAUUUACCAGGAAUAAAAAUGAUAAUAACAUGC